AUGCAGCUCAAGGGCGUGAAGCGCAUCGUGAGUGGCCUCAAGCGCCGGAUCAGCCACAUAUCCCUUCGGAGGCACCGGCGAGGCUCCUCGGCCGAAUCCGACGACGACGCCGUCCCUUCCCUCUCCGCCGCCCUCCUGCCCGCCGCCCUCCUUGCCUCCAUCCCCGCCCCCACUCCCGUUACCUUCCCCGCGUCCACGCGCGCAGACCCCUCCCUUGACACCCUCACUCGCUCCGUCUCCGACGGCUGCCUCGCAAAGCGUCCCGACGACUGCGUCGAGGACAGCGACUCUGACGAAGACUCCGCCUCCACCUCCACCUCCACCUCCUACCACGACGCCCAAUCCAAGAAGCCGGCCCACUCCGCGUCGUGCUCAGGUUUGUCCUCACACCCCACACAAUCUUUCUCCGAGGACGAAGACUGGCGGAGUACCCGCACCGGGCUCUCGGCGCGUUUCCCGCCUCCUGAAUCCCUUACCGCGCCCCUCGAGUCCCUCGUUCUCGACGAGCCCCCACGUGUAGACGCCGCGUGGGCCAGCAGCUACACGUUGCAGUCUGUUGAAGAGCCUCUUGCCGCGCCCCUCGAGAACCCCGUUUUCCCCUCUCCGCCGCUCCAUCUCGAGCCCUGGGAGAUCCCACUUCCUCCUGACCACGACGCCGAUUUUGUCCCCUCUUCCCCUCCUUCUCCCACAUUAUCUCCCUCACCAAUGGACCCUCUCGGAGUCUCGCCAGCCUUAAACGAGCCUCCAGCUGCGAGGGUAGUCGCGGAAAGCCCGCCGCACCCCGACGAGCUUCUAACGUCCACGCUCGACUCGGAGCUCUCCGCGUCGAUGCAAGUCGCGCGCGAGGCGCCGUUCGUAUCGCCGUCCACCUCCGUCGGCGUGCCUCAGGUCCUGGACCCGUUCCUCGAGGACGAGGACAUUGACCCCCCGUCCGUCGCACGGUCGGAGGACGGAGAAUCAGACGAGCACGACCGCAGGGCCGCACAAGCGGCCCUCUCCCCGCCCGCGGAGGAGAUUGCGCUCGCGCCGUCCGAGCCCUCCUCCCCCGAGCCGCCCGCGUCGUCCGUGAACGUGAACAAGGCGGUGCCGCCGACGCCCGCGGCGGCGCCGAGCGACGACGAAGACGAAGAAGACACACCCGAAUUGUACCUGCCCGGCCUGACGCUGCCGACGAUGUUUUUGCCCAUCCCGAAUACAGACCCGUUGAGUACGCUCUUGAACAAAUACAUAUCGCCUGAGCUGCGUCCACCUCGCUCUCUCACGGGUGACUACGCUCGUUCGGGAGGAGAGAUCCACCCGCUUGUUAUGACGAACAGCUGGAGAGCGAUGGCAAGGCUCGCCCGCGACCGCAUCGUCGCUGCCGACCCAGAAGAAGUCUCGACCAUCCUCUCCCUGUGGUACCUCCGCCUGUCCGCCCUCGCCCGCAUGCGCCUCUUCAACCAGACCGCGGCCGAGUGCACGAACCUCUUCGCCGUCCUCCACGCCGUCGAGCCCCCGCCCGUCCGCGCCUUCCUCCUCGAGCGCGUCCUCCCGUUCGAGCUCGACGUCCUCCACGCCAAGCUCCGCUACUGGGCCGCGGACCACAUGGGCUACCUCGAUGCGCUCGCCGCGCUCCUCGCCCGCUGCAAGCGCAAGGCCCGCGAGGCCGCCCGCAAGCGCGACGGCGCCGCGCAGGCGAUGUGGACCGAGCGCGGCGCGCGCGUCGCGCUCAUCGUCGCGAGCCAGCUCGUCGAGAUGAAGGACUUCGCCGCGGCCGCGCGCACGCUGGAGCCGCUCUGCGAGCAGCGCGACGCGUCCGGCGCGCCGCUCGCCUCCCCCGCCCUCCGCUCCGCCCUCGCCCGCGUGCACCUCCAGUCCGGCAACGCCGCCGCCGCCGCGCCGCACCUCGCCGCGCUCGCCGCGGACCCGACGCUCGACCCCGCGCAGCGCGCGUCCAACGCCGCGCUCGCCGCCGCGGCCGCGGGCGACUGGCCGCGCGCCGAGGCGGAGCUCCGCGCGCUGCUCGCCGUCGCGGACGCGCUGAGCGGCGACGGGGACGGCGCGAAGGACGCGCUGAAGGCGACGAACAACCUCGCGGUCGUGCUCCUCAACCAGGGCCGCCUCGGGGAGGCCAUCGACGUGCUCGAGGACGCGCUGCGCGCGUCGCCCGCCGCGGUCGCCGCCGCGGAGCCGGUGCUGUUCAACCUCUCGACGCUGUACGAGCUGCGGUCCUCCGCGGGCGCGGACAAGAAGCGCCAGCUCCUCGUCGAGGUCUCGAAGUGGGCGGGCGACGGGCUGCGCACCACGUGCCUCAAGAUGCCGACGAACUAG